GUGCAGCUCUCUUCAUCGCCCUGUGGCCACCAGGCGCCCUCAGGCCAUUCAGAGGCAGGAAGAGGGGGCGCUAUGAAGGCAGCCAGGCCCCAGGUGAACCACAGCCAUGGGGGAAGCCAGCGGGCCCCGAGCCCCCUGCAGUCCCCUCUCCGAUCCGCUGCCGUUCCCUCUCAGGCCUAUGAGACCUACAUUGAGAAUGGACUCAUAUGCCUUAAACACAAAAUUAGAAACAUCGAGAAAAAGAAGCUCAAAUUGGAAGAUUACAAGGAUCGCCUGAAAAAUGGAGAGCAACUUAAUCAAGACCAAUUAGAAGCAGUGGAGAAGUAUGAAGAAGUGUUACAUAACUUAGAAUUCGCCAAGGAGCUUCAGAAAACCUUUUCAGGACUGAGCCAAGAUCUACUUAAAGCUCAGAAGAAGGCCCAGAGAAGGGAGCACAUGCUGAAACUUGAGGCGGAGAAGAAAAAGCUUUGCACCAUCCUCCAAGUUCAGUACGUAUUACAGAACUUGACACAGGAGCAUGUGCAGAGGGACCUGAAGGAGGGCUUGAAUGGUGCAGUGUAUUUGCCUUUAAAAGAACUCGACUACCUCAUUAAAUUUUCCAAACUGACCUGCCCAGAAAGAAAUGAAAGUCUGAGUGUUGAAGACCAGAUGGAGCAGUCCUGCUUGUACUUUUGGGACCUUUUGGAAGGUAGUGAGAAAGCAGUGGUAGGAACGACAUACAAACAUAUGAAAGAUCUACUGUCUAAAUUGCUGAACUCAGGCUAUUUUGAAAGUAUCCCAGUUCCAAAAAAAGCUCAGGAAAAAGAAGUAUCAGUGGAGGAAGAAAUGCUAAUGAAAUCAGAGAAGAAAAAACAAUUAUUGAAGACUGAAUCUGUCAAAGAGUCAGAAUCUCUUAUGGAAUUUACACAGCCAGAGAUACACCCGCAAGAGUUUCUUAACAGACGCUACAUAGCAGAAGUAGAUUAUUCAAGCAAACAGCAUGACGUGCAGUCUUGGGAAGCAGAUUAUGCUAGAAAACCAAACCUCCCGAAGUGCUGGGAGAUGCUCACCGAGCCAGAUGGCGAGGAGGGGAAACAGGACUCCUUCGAGUCCUGGGAGUCUUCCGUUAAGCUCCAGGAGCUGGCAAAGCCUGCGGUUUCCUCAGAACACAGGGAACAAGAGAUGGCGAAGCUCAGGGCCGCUCUGCAGGAAGAGAAGCCGCAGGACGUCCCCAAAGCCAAGCUAGCUCCUAGCCGGUGGAAGCCAGAGACGCCUAAAUCCAAAGCAGGGUACGUUCCCGAGGAACAGAAGAAGCCGGAGACACCAAAGCCUUGGCCAGUGCAGCUGCAGAAAGAGCAGGAGCCAAAGAAGCAAACCGCAAAGUCCUGGGCCCCUUCUCUGCAGGGCGAGCAGGACCUCAGCAAGCCGUGGGCCGCUCCCCUGCGUGAAGAGCCGGGCUCGGGACAGCCGGACACUCCCGCGUCCUGGGGAGACGACGCUGAGGGUGAGAAGCCCCCUUCAGCACCACGGUCACCCAGUUCCCCCGAGCCCUGGGGCGCGGCUGCAGGGAGCCUCGCACCCAGCCACCGGCUCCUGCCCGGGAAGUUUAACGCGGACCCCAAAGAUGUGCCUGAGCCUGUGCAUCAGCCUGUAGGUUCUUCCUCUACCCUUCCAAAGGAUCCAGUGUUGAGGAAAGAAAAACUGCAGGAUCUGAUGACCCAGAUUCAAGGAACCUGUCACUUUAUGCAAGAAUCUAUUCUGGAUUUUGACAAACCUUCAAGUGCAAUUCCAUCGUCACAGCCGCCUUCAGCUACUCCAGGUAGCCCAGUAGCAUCUACAGAACAGAAUCUAUCCAGUCACAGUGAUUUUCUUCAAGAGCCAUUACAGGCUGCUGCUUCUCCAGUUACUUGUAGCUCAAAUGCUUGCUUGGUUACUGCUGAUCAGGCUUCUUCGGGAUCUGAAGCAGAGUUUAUGACCUCAGAGACUCCUGAGGCAGCAGUUCCCCCGAGCAAGCAGCCACCUUCACUGGCCUCUCCAAAUCCUCCCACGUCAAAGGGCCCUGAGCAGGGCUUCCAGUCACCUCCAGUGAGCAGUGGUUCAGUAGCUGUUAGCUCAGCGCCCUUUCAAGCCAUGCAGACAGUAUUUAAUGUUAAUGCACCUCUGCCUCCACGGAAAGAACAGGAAAUAAAAGGGUCCCCCUAUUCCCCUGGCUACCAUCAAAGUUUUACUACAGCAAGUACACAAACACCACUCCAGUGCCAACUGCCAGCUCUACAUGUGGAACAAACUGUCCUUUCUCAAGAGACUGCAGCAGGUUAUCCUGAUGGAGCUAUUCAAGUAAGCAACGGGAGCCUUGCCUUCUACCCGGCACAGACGAAUGUGUUCCCCAGGCCCUCUCAGGCUUUCGUCAGUAGCCGGGGGUCUGUGAGAGGAUGCACUCGGGGGAGAUUACUGACCAACGCGUACCGGUCCCCUGGUGGCUAUAAAGUUGUUUAUUUAUUAGGUUUUGAUACUUAUAGAGGACCUCCUUCAGUUUCCAAUGGAAAUUACAGCCAGCUGCAAUUCCAGGCAAGAGAGUAUCCCGGGACGCCUUAUUCCCAAAGGGAUAAUUUCCAGCAGUGUUACAAGAGAGGAGGGACAUCUGGUGGUCCUCGGGCAAAUUCAAGAGCAGGGUGGAGUGAUUCUUCUCAGGUGAGCAGCCCAGAAAGAGACAGCGAAACCUUUAACAGCGGCGACUCUGGCCAAGGAGACUCCCGCAGCAUGACGCCUGUGGACGUGCCGGUGGCAAACCCAGCCGCUGCCCUGCUGCCGGUCCACGUGUACCCCCUGCCCCAGCAGAUGCGGGUGGCCUUCUCCGCAGCCAGAACCUCCAACCUGGCGCCUGGGACCUUAGACCAGCCCAUUGUGUUUGACCUGCUCCUGAACAACUUGGGGGAGACGUUCGACCUUCAGCUCGGUAGGUUCAGUUGCCCGGUGAACGGCACUUACGUUUUCAUCUUUCACAUGCUGAAGCUGGCGGUGAACGUGCCGCUGUAUGUCAACCUCAUGCGGAACGAGGAGGUGCUGGUGUCUGCCUACGCCAACGACGGCGCCCCGGACCACGAGACGGCCAGCAACCACGCCGUGCUGCAGCUCCUCCAGGGGGACCAGAUCUGGCUGCGGCUGCACAGGGGGGCCAUUUAUGGGAGCAGCUGGAAAUACUCUACGUUCUCGGGCUACCUUCUUUAUCAAGAUUGAAAGUCAGCACGGGAUUGAGGACAGACGGUGAUGUUCUGCUCAGUGGGAGUAGAGGAAAAGACGAAUUGGCUUAGGGAAAUGUUUUCAUUCCUAGAGGAAGGAGGAGGGUCCUUAUUUUUGUUUUCCUCCCCAAGGUGAAAAAACAUCAAGCUGAAUGACAAUUAGCACUAAUCUGGCACUUUAUGAAUUGUGAUGUAGCCUCGCUAGUCAAGCCGUGAAUGUAUAUUGUUUGCACUUAACCCUUAACUGUAUUAACGUUCAGCUUACUAAACUGACUGCCUCAAGUUCAGGCAAAUUAUAAUGCCUUGUUGUGCCUCAAUAAAGAAGUUACAUGCACCCCGGUGUUCUUACUUGAUUAAACAUUUAGCUGAGAGGUAAAAUAUUUUUUGUAUUCAUCACUGAUAACUCUGGAAUAAGAUUAUUUAUGGGUUCAUACUAAUAUAUGAAAAUAAGCCAUUUAUAUAUAACAGUUCCUUUUAGAGUCACUUUUCUCUGAUAUUAUACAUGUCACCCAUCAAAAGAUUUUUGUUUUGCAUUGGCUAAAUCACAUAUUUUCCUUGAAGCUAUCUUGCAGUAGGACAUGCGCUGUCCUUUAGUUAGGUAUCUUCAAGUGCCUAAUUCAUGUAUAACAACACAAGAUACUACGACUGGUCCACCAUCAGGAAGGCUUACGCUUUCCAGUGGAUUCUCAAGUUGAGUGGCAACAUGUUUAGUCAUCAAAAGGCGUAGGUCUGUGGUCAGGCAGUGCUGUGUUUGAAUUCUGAUUUUGCCCCUUAGUAACUGACCUUGGGCAAGUUAUUUUACCUCUAAGAUCGAUCGAUCUCUUUCUUCCAAAAGACCAUUUCCCCAAGUGUACAAUGGAGAUGAUGGAUCAACCUCGUAGAGCAGCUGUGAAAUUCAA